UCUGUGGAAGCAAAAGGAGAAAAAGUACUAUUUCGCAACAGCAAUUGAUGUUCAGCCAUGUCUUGUGAAAGAGAGCCUCAGUGUUUGUAGUGGUUGGUCAGAAAGGUUUGCCCUGUUCCAUCCCAGACUCCUCAGCCUACUGUCGUUCCAAAGCCAGUUCAGUCUGUUAUACAUGUCCCAUUGCAACCAGGCUGUCCAGGCCGAGGCAAAAUGGCAAAGCUCCUCAGUCCAGAAGAGAUGACAUCCAGAGAUUAUUACUUUGAUUCCUAUGCUCACUUCGGAAUUCAUGAGGAAAUGUUAAAGGAUGAAGUGCGUACAUUAACUUACAGAAACUCAAUGUAUCACAAUAAACAUGUUUUUAAAGAUAAGAUUGUCCUUGACGUUGGAAGUGGCACAGGAAUCCUCUCCAUGUUUGCUGCAAAGGCAGGAGCCAAGAAGGUAUAUGGGAUUGAAUGUUCAAGUAUAUCUGACUACUCUGAAAAAAUUAUCAAGGCCAACCAUUUGGACAAUAUAAUCACAAUAUUUAAAGGUAAAGUGGAAGAAGUUGAAUUACCUGUGGAUAAAGUAGACAUCAUUAUCAGCGAGUGGAUGGGUUAUUGUCUUUUCUAUGAGUCAAUGUUAAACACAGUCAUCUUCGCACGAGAUAAAUGGCUGAAACCAGGAGGGCUAAUGUUUCCAGACCGAGCUGCUUUGUACAUGGUAGCAAUUGAAGACAGACAAUACAAGGACUUCAAAAUUCACUGGUGGGAGAAUGUGUACGGCUUUGACAUGACCUGUAUUAGGGAUGUUGCCAUGAAGGAGCCUUUGGUGGACAUAGUAGAUCCAAAGCAAGUGGUGACCAAUGCCUGCUUAAUAAAGGAAGUAGAUAUUUAUACAGUGAAGACUGAAGAACUGGCAUUUACUUCAGCAUUCUGCCUCCAAAUUCAGCGUAAUGAUUACAUUCAUGCAUUGGUCACCUAUUUUAAUAUUGAAUUUACAAAGUGCCACAAGAAGAUGGGAUUUUCUACAGCACCUGAUGCUCCCUAUACUCACUGGAAGCAAACUGUCUUCUACUUAGAGGACUGUUUAACUGUGAAACGAGGAGAAGAAAUCUAUGGGACAAUAUCCAUGAAGCCAAAUGCAAAAAAUGUGCGUGACCUGGAUUUCACCAUAGACUUGGAUUUUAAAGGACAGCUAUGUGAAGCAUCAGUAUCUAAUGACUACAAAAUGCGCUAGCAAGAAACCUUUCAGAGAGAUGAAAUGAAUUCUAUCAAGUCUUGAACUGCUGAACUUCAAGCCAGGAACAAAUGUUUGCACGAUUACUAUAUUAAAUAUUAGAAUGUUUACUCCAGUGGAAAGUGGUAACAUGAUCCCUCUUACAGAUGGUAUAAAAGGCUGGGAUCCUACUGUGAAUGUACAGCAUACAGAACUACAGCUUUUGUCAAAUAUAUAGGGAAAACAAAGAACAGACUUGAGUGUUCUGUUUGACUUUAGGAUGGCUGAAGAUGCAUAUAAAAUUGUACUAUUUAUAAUGAAUUUCUGGUUCUUCCAAGCUUUGCAUGUUACAAGUGAUUAGGGCAGUUUCUUCAAUAUAGAAGACCGCUAAAAAACAUGAUAGCUGGACUUAAUGUUCAAUAUAAAUACUAUAUAAUAUAGUAUAAAAUAGCAUAUUAUGAUAUGAUAUAUAUAUUGUACAUGAGAAAAAUGUUUAUUCAUAAUAGGAACUCAUUAUGUGAUUACUUAAUUUUAAUUAUGCAGUUAUGGAAAGAUGAUGUCACUACUCUAGACAGCGAUACAUUUCAGCUCUAAUUAACUGCCCAAAUUAUAGCUUUGGGAAAUACUCUGAACAAAAUGUAGGUAAGAGCUGUGAGUUUAUAAAGGAUCAGCAAGUAUCUCUUAGAAUAUCAUCUGGAAACUGGACCAUGAAUUCUAAAAUUCACUUUCAUAACUGGAUGUUUGUCAGAGCUUUAAAGAACAUCAGCUUUAUAUCCUUGCAAAUAUUCUGUGGUGAGUUUUUAUGGCUGGAUUUUGCAUGAGACCUUCUGAAAUCAGGCACGUAGUAUAUAAAUGUGAUGAAUGCAAAGUCUCUGAAAUGGUGGAUAAUUCAUGUUUUGUGGCCAUGUAGUUUUUUCGCAUAUGAGUUCUCCGCAAGAUUCUUAAUACAAAAUUGUUUUAAAAACUAGAGUUUCUCUUUCAGUAAUGUUUCAGAUAAGUUUUAAAUUGCAAAUACUGUUCUCAAGGGGUGCAAUGAUAUGCUGGAAUGAGUUAAUGUCUUAAAAAUAUAUAUAUUGCUUCCAAUAUUACUAAGAUGUCUGUAGCUUCCCCAUCCUCUUACACUCCUUGUUUUUCUUACAAAAUCUUAUGCUUAUAGGUGAAUAUUGACUGUUUGUAAUUAUUUAUAUGUAUUUUUACUGUAUGAAUGCUGACCAUUAAAUCACAAGUAAUUUGUCAAAAAGUGAAUCAUCAGUUCUAAAUAUGCAUCUUCUAGUCUCUAUAGUGCAGUGCACUGCAUCAUGUUCCAUCAUAUAUUGGAUGAGACUAUUUUUUGCCUGAAACAUCUUUUUAAUCACCUAUAAAUAAAGCUUACUUGAAUAUGCAAGCAAACAGUGCUGCUCAUCAGUAAGCUUCUUGUAGGUUCUUAUUUUGCCAGUAUAAGUUUGUCAGCUUUUAUUUUCUAGAAUAUAUUUAUAUUGCUUUUCCCUUCAAGAAAACUGUACAGUACCUCCAUUUUUAUGUAAGGUCUAAGGAUUAUGGUCUAGGGACUGUACUACAUGGUAUCUAUGGAGAAUGAAAUUAAACUAUAAUUUAGCAGUUCCUUGCAGUUUUUUUAAAGCAUUUCAUUUCAUUUUCCUGGAAUGAGGGUAAACGACUUUUUUCACCAAAUUACUGGCAUUUUUUUCUGUCAAAUACUACUGUCAUUUUCAAGGAAUCAGCUCAUAACAAUACUUUGAGUGAGGGCUUGGAACAUAAAAUCUUCAAGAAAUACCUUUCUGUCAACACUUCAUGAAUCUAGGACUUCAAGGUAAGGAAUUCUACCAGAUCUUUUCUCUGUCCUUUCCACCUACAAAGAGACUCUCAAAUUUAAAAUAUUGUUUAUUUUUAUCUUCUCCUUUUCUGCAAAUCACUGAGGUGGUUAUAACUUAAAGAGGAAAGACUCUGGCUUUAUUUAUCUGUCCUACUCCUUGAUAGAACUUCAAGCCAUACACUGGUUACUAAUUGUUCAGAGAUGAUGGCAAGACAAGUCAUAUUUGGCUCUGGAAAAUUAACUUGUACUAUUCUUCACAUCACAUUGAAAGCAUAGCACAUGCUUCUCCAUCACAUGAACUUAGAGAACAUACUACAGAGCCAGCUAUCUUCAAAUCACAGUGAUCAAAAGAAAAAAUAGGCUUCUAAGUUCUAUAUGCAUGUUUCAAACCACUAACAUUCUGAAAUCACCAAUGAGUUCAGCAUACAUAGUGUCUGUCAUGCAUGUCAUUAGUGAAACAUAAAUGCAAGAUUGACAGCUACAUGCAAUUAGCUGAUAGGCUUUCUUCAGCAAUCCAGCAAGUAAAGAACUUAUUACAAGAAACUAAUACAAGGUCUGAGCCUAACCUUAUUAAGACUUAAAUAAGAAAGUCAGUCAUGCACAUCAGGAUUUAAUCCAAGUCAUUCCUCUUCAAAGCUGUACAUUAAAAUACUAAUGACAAAAUGACAUGAUCUCUGAAACAGACACAUCUUUAAAGAUUUAUUUCACUUUCCACUGACAAGAAAAGAACAUCAAGAGCUGAGCUCAAAGCACGAAACAGAAAUUUAAAUAUAAUAGUUACACAUCCCUGAUGAGUAAUAAAUACAGCACUGGCAAAAUGGGAAAGAAAGUCACUUCUGCCUUGACUGCGAUCUUCAAGAAAGUUUAUUAAAACUCAUCGGGGAUUGUCCUGUCACUUCAAGAACAAAGGAGCAUCCAAAGAAGACAGAUUUAAAGUAUGCCACUAAAAUGCACAGAGUACAAUUCAUAUUGGCAGUGCCUAUAGAAUUAGGGAGGCAGUCCUGAUGACAUAUUAAGAAUAUUGUUCUGUUUUCCUGAAGUUCUUUACAGAACAGUGUUCUAUAACUCACAUGCAUUUAUCACUCCCAGUACCAACUAGCUCUUGUCAGAUGUUAUUAAAAUUACGAAGAAAAUUAACUAUAUCCCAGGACACAGUAGAGUAGGUGGUAGAGUAAGAAGGCAAAAGAAUGAUUUACUGUUUACUAGAAUCUGCCCUGCUCACUUGUUCAACUGGAGUCAAGGACUCAAAACUGUUUUCUCAACUGACGAAGAGUAGAAGGCUUUAGCAACAGACAAUGACUCCUGCUAUAUAUGAAGAGGGUGGGUAAGGGGAAAAACAAAAACAAAAACAAAAACAAAAAAGAUAUCCAAACAAAAAGGAUAGUGGAUUUGCAAAACAGAUGAGCUGGGGUUAUGUUGCUAUAAGACUAAUUGCAUAGACUAAUUUGUGAUGGAAAAGCCUUCUGGAAAUCUUUGGUCUGCUAGGGAUUAGUGCUAACUUCAAGCUAGAUUAUGUUUCUCAGAGUUUUGUUCAGACAAGUUCUGAACAUUUCCAAGAGCAAAGGUUUCAUAGCCUCUACGGGCAUCGACAGCCACAUUUUUUUUUUCUAUGUUCAUCCGGAAUUUCUCUUGUUACAGCUUGGUACUACUGCUUUGUUCUUUUACUGUGCAUCUCUGAGAAGAAUUUAUGUCUAUUUUUACUGCGAUUACUCAUUAGAUAGAGGAAGAUACAUCAGUUCUCACUUUACGGAUCUCAUGGCAGCUCCCCUCUUACCCUUACAUGACUACACCCUAACCUUUCUAUAUGAGUUACAUUACCUAACUGCACUCUCAUCUCCCCUUCCCUUCUCACCCUCUUUUUUUCCCCCAGAAGCUAGUUGUAUACACAUUGGCUAAAUAUAUAUAAGGGUUUUGCAAAAAAUUUAACUUCAAGACUAAUUAAAGA